CAGUUCCAUGUGUUGUAUACCUCUGGCUAGGUAAUGUUUCUUGUUUAAAAUUACCCGCUGAUUCUAAAAAUCGGAUAAAACAACAUAAUGAAUCUAAUGGAAGACCCACUCAACUCAAUCUACAAUGACUUGUCAGCUCUCCAGGAUAAAGUUAAGCAACCAAAGGGUGUUCGAGUCAAAUUUGAGUUUCAAUCUGAGCGUCGAAUCGUCCAAGUGCAGCAACCCCUCACUUAUGACUACCUGCAGAUGACUGUGCAGAGAAUUUAUGGGAAGUCUCUCUCCAUGUUGUUUUGUCCAGGAGGACGUAAUGAGCUGCAAGUUCCACUUCAAAGUCAAGUGGAUGUAGACAAAGUGGUAGAACUGUUAGAUCGUAGCACUCAUCAACGAAAUUUAAAGAUCCACCUAGUUGAGCAGAUACCACCCACGGCUUCACCUACGUGGCAAUCGGAGCCUUCUACCACUAGAGCGCACUCAGCAUCUUCUCCGGGUUCAUUCGAGUACUUCAAAUCAUCCUCUUCUCCGUUUGCUGAACCUCAACCUCCACCAAUAAAGUCUCCAACCCAACGCCGAUCCAUGGAGCAACGAAAGCACCGGUAUUCCCCACCGCCUGGAACGAUUGACGACAAGAUUAUUCAGCGGCAUCGUGGUUCAAGAACCUCCCUUAACAGUGAGGGUGAAUUCAUACCAGACACGACGAUUUUCAGUCCACCGUCAGCAGCCUACAGCAGUUCUACAUCCCUAGAUAGUUCUCUGUCUAGUCCUCAAAUAGCAAUGGAGCCUUGGCAGUCGGGGUUACAUGGGGCUUCUUACCCCGACGAGGAGAUGGAAACCUCACCAUCAUUUCAUAGAAAAGGGGGCACUUACCCUCGUCGAUUACAUGCGCAAAACGUAUCAGUCGAAGAACGAAAAUUGGAAAAUUCCAGGACAUUUCCACGCAUCAGGCCAUCGCUUAGAAAUGCUCGUUUCUUGCCAAGUCAUUCACAUUUCUCGUCAUCUACCAACAAUAUGUCGUCUAAUUGCAGCAGCACCAGUAGUGGAUUGGAAUUAGAGGAACUUCAUAAUCAAGUCACCACAUCUGGUUCAUACUCGGGUUCGAACCACCGCGCACAUCACCGAAUGAGUGGAGGUGACGGCCUUGUCAUGGAUUCUUCAUUCAACUCACUCAUCGCCCCAUGCUCCAAGUCUCCAAAAGCCCCGGCCAAUUGGAAGAAGGGAAAGGUGCUUGGACAUGGUGCUUUCGGGAAAGUCUACUUAGCGUAUGACGCUGACACCGGCCGAGAACUGGCCGUCAAGCAAGUUGAAAUAAUUGCAGACAACAGCGACGCUACGAAGGAAAUCAAGGCUUUGCAGACAGAGAUUGAGCUUUUACGGUCGCUACAGCAUGAGAGGAUCGUUCAAUAUUACGGUUGUACUGAGGAAUCGAACACACUUUCUAUAUUCAUGGAAUUAAUGUCCGGAGGAUCUGUGAAAGACGAGAUAAAGGCUUACGGUGCCCUUACUGAGCCGGUUACGUGCAAGUAUGCUCGGCAGAUCCUGGAAGGUCUUAUUUACCUACACGGCUUUCAAAUCGUCCACCGUGACAUCAAGGGUGCGAACGUGUUGCGCGACUCGUCGGGCAACGUCAAGCUAGGUGAUUUCGGCGCUGCAAAGAAGCUGCAAACAAUCGUGACGUCAUCGGGUCAGACAGUCGUAGGUACACCAUACUGGAUGAGUCCAGAAGUUAUCGAAGGUCGAGGUUACGGGCGAAGGGCGGAUAUCUGGAGCCUCGCUUGUACAGUGGUAGAAAUGCUAACCACCCGACCACCGUGGUACGAAUUCGAGGCGAUGGCUGCUCUGUUUAAGAUCGUGACGCAAACCACUUCACCUCAGCUACCCCCUAAUGUCUCACAAGAAGCAAAAGAUUUUCUUGGUGUGGCGUUCGUAGAUAAGGAACAGCGACCUUAUGCGGCAGACCUUAUGAGCCACAAGUGGUUUACUGGCAACUACUUCUAACUUGCUCACAAAGGUCCUGUGUUACGUCACAAUCUAUUACGUCACCACCGCCCCGGCGCGUGCAGGAGACAAAUAUGGCGUCCCUCCAAGAGAAAUUGGUAUAUUUCAAGUUAAGUACCAAACCCCAAGCCCAGCAUUUUCCUCAAAAGUUCAAUUUUCGUCGAUGUUUCUAGAAUCUAUUGCAGUGUUUCCAGUUAAAUCCCGCCUCGCGAACAUCCAGGCAUCGGAUCCACUUAACGGGAACACUUUUUGCUGCAAUAUUUAUUGAUCUAUAUUAUUUUGAACGCUCUUGAUGCCUUGAUUUUGUCAGCUUCCACCUAACGCGCCAUUGGUUUAUAACGAUGGAGUCAUAUUCCCUUUUAAUAAGUGGAAAAGGAAAGCACUUUUACAUUUUUUUUACUUUACUUUUGUCUCUACAAGUGUAAGCAUCUAUCUUACACAUACUCGAACCAAAUUCUAGAUUGGGCUUUUAGGACAUAUCGGGCCACGGUACAAUAUUUUUGACAAUCCAUAGUCUACAGGGAGGUAUUAACGUUGUACUACAUAUUAUGUAGCGCAAUAUGCAAUAACGAUGAAAAUGAGCUAGUAGCAAGUUUACCAACGUGCUUCACUCCGUCCAUACCCCAGCCUAAUUACCGUGCCUGAAUUUCUGGUCUACGAUCGUUUUUUUCACAAUAAUAUAUUCGCAUCGUCCUGUACUUUUACCCAUUUAUCGCCUUUUUGCAUUGUUUUUUAGCGGAAAUCGGCGACUGUGUUUUACCAAUUCUUCUUGCAUCUGCGUCCAUUGAAAUGUUCCUCUCUUUCUUUUUGCCUUUUUCAUCUUCUCUCCCUUUUACCAUUUUGUCGUUCCAAUGCAAGAGCGCCGUCCGCUACUGGCUGUUCAUACAUUUUCUUGUGAACUCACCACACACAGUGCUCUAAGCCAUGCUAAAUGUUUCAAAUUUAAAAACACUUUUCUAAAAAACAAAAUCAUGGCCUACUCAGUACAUUGUAUUUUGUCGUCUUUCAAAAUCAAUAUGCGUCAUAUUUCCUGACCUUUGUCUCUCCAAUUUAGUACUGCUACCGUAGCACGGCCCACAAUUUUAAACACUGUAUAAAACUUUUGCCCGAUAAAUGCAUUCAUAUAACCGUUUGCUUGCUACUAAAUUAACCAAAAAUACUUUCCUGUACUAUCACCAUUCUAUUUCUACAUUCGAAAUAUCUUUUUUCUUUCCCUUAAAUUUUCCAUCAGUGUUGCCACGAAGGAGAAAAGCGAUCCAACCAAGCGACCACGCUUCCAAAGUUUGCAGGAACUUGGCACCACUGCUGCCUCGCUCAGUAGUCUUGCAUGUUUCAAUUGUUUAUGUAUCUAUGCUAACUAUUCACCGCCGUUGCACUAUCUAAAGUAAACGGUUUUAACUAA